AUGCAGCGAGACUACCCUAAGAAGGAUUUGAAAGAGAUGGAAUUUUUCACGGAGUAUGGGGAUGCCAAUAGAUAUAAAGUUUUGGAGGUCAUUGGAAAAGGAAGCUAUGGAGUUGUUUGUGCUGCAAUAGACACUCAUACUGGCGAAAAAGUGGCAAUAAAAAAAAUACACGAUGUUUUCGAGCACAUCUCUGAUGCUAUUCGAAUUUUGAGAGAAGUCAAGUUGCUUAGGCUGCUAAGGCACCCUGACAUUGUUGAGAUUAAGCGGAUCAUGUUACCUCCUUCCAAGCGGGAAUUCAGAGACAUUUUUGUCGUUUUUGAGCUCAUGGAGUCUGAUCUUCAUCAAGUUAUCAAAGCUAAUGAUGACUUGACGAGGGAACAUCACCAAUUUUUUCUUUAUCAAAUGCUUCGUGCUUUGAAGUAUAUGCAUACAGCGAACGUGUACCAUAGAGAUCUCAAACCCAAGAAUAUACUGGCAAAUGCAAAUUGCAAACUCAAAAUCUGCGAUUUUGGGUUAGCAAGAGUUGCAUUCAGUGAUACACCGACGACAGUUUUCUGGACGGACUAUGUGGCCACGAGAUGGUAUAGGGCUCCAGAGCUAUGCGGGUCUUUCUUUUCUAAGUAUACGCCAGCAAUUGAUAUUUGGAGCAUCGGCUGCAUAUUUGCCGAGGUGUUGAUAGGGAAGCCCUUGUUCCCUGGUAAAAGUGUCGUCCACCAAUUAGACAUUAUCACCGAUCUUCUUGGGACUCCUGCACAGGAUACCAUUUCCGGGGUGAGAAAUGAUAAAGCUAGGAAGUAUUUAACUGAGAUGAGGAAAAAACAGCCUGUGCCAUUUGCGCACAAGUUCCCGAGUGCAGAUCCCUUGGCACUACGACUUCUCCAAAGGCUCUUAGCUUUUGAUCCAAAUGAUCGGCCAACUGCAGAGGAGGCUCUUGCGGAUCCUUACUUUAGGGGCCUAUCGAAAAUAGAGAGGGAGCCCUCUUGUCAGCCGAUCUCAAAGUUGGAGUUCGAGUUUGAAAGGAGAAGGGUUACGAAGGAUGACAUCAGGGAGCUCCUUUAUCGGGAGAUACUCGAGUAUCAUCCGCAGUUGUUAAAAGACUACAUGAGUGGGAAUGAAGGCACGAACUUCCUCUAUCCUAGUGCGAUAGGUCAUUUCAGAAAGCAGUUUGCAUACCUUGAAGAAAAUAGUGGUCGUAGUGCACCGGUUAUUCCUCUAGAGAGGAAGCAUGCCUCUCUCCCUCGGCCCACAGUUCAUUCGGCGUCAAUGUCUCAUAACAUACCGUCUUCAACUUCAGUUGACAACCACCAAGUAACAGAUGAAGUCUCCAAAAACUUCAGGGGAACCGACGGUGUUGCUGGGAAUGCUUCUAGGACCUUACGGCCGCCGCCUAGAGUGCCUACAGUGAAUGCAGCAAAGCCCGGUAGAGUUGUAGGAUCAGUUGUACCAUGUGACAAUACCAGAAACCUUGUCAAAGAUGGUGUCUACGAUGCAAGGAAUGUGUACAGAAACACCACCACAGUAUCUCCCCCAUGCUUCUUCAGGACCACAACGAACUCCGCCCCAACGACGAAAAACAAGUCGUCCUUGAUAGACGCCGAGCACCACCACACAACAUCGCAAGCCAGGCCGCAGCAACCUCUUCCUCAGCAGCACAACAUGAUGGCAAUGAGGAAGCCACUAGUUUCGUCAGGAGUAAUAGCAACGGAGAUUAACAACAGUAACCCGUACUACCACCACCACCACCAGCAACAAGCAGCCAGGGUGGUGGUGGAGCAUCAGCAUCAGCAGAUGAACGAGCAAAUUGCCAUCGAUGCGAAGCUGAUCCAGGCCCAGUCUCACUAUGGCCCUGCUGGCGCGGCUGCCAUAGCUGUGGCGGCUCAUCGGAAUGUGGGGACGGUUCAUUAUGGGUUGUCUUAG